AUGGAGGAGAACGGCGACCCGCAAUCCAAGCUUUUCAUCCCCGAGAUCACGAACUCCAAAACAUCUGCCCUACCGACACAGAGAACAGAGAACACUGCGAUUAUGUUCACCAACAUCAAGAUAGUGCAGGAUUCGGUGGACCAGAGAGACUGCUCGGGACAACCUUAUGCAGGUGCAUGCAUGUACUGA